AUGUACAAGGAAACUAAAUGGACAAGCCAUUCCACUGCACAAAUGGAUGACAUUGCUUCCAUUGACGGAGGUGAACUAUCGAUCCCAACGAGCAAAUUAAAGGACAGGGUCGAAUCUUGUUCAAACACUCCUCAGAUUAGCUUGCUUCAACGGGGCCCACUGAGAGUAAAGGGCAUGGAUUCUUAUUAG